UGACGAAUCUAGUCAACAACAUCCAUUUGAAAGUUUUCUCUUUUACGUUGCCAAGCGCCAAGUGCCAAGUAUAGGAUCUGAAGAUCCUGCAAGGGACAUCACCACCUGCAGCACAUUCAUUUUUCGAUAGCAUACACUCUUUUAUCCGCUACCAUGACGACUCUCGACGAUAUCCUCGCUCUCCAGAAAACCGACAAUGUCCUUUACGCACCGGAGAUCAAAGAACCUGUGACUGAGAGUCUGAUUGUUGACAGCAGCGCUUCGAUUGGCACUCUUAGCAUCAGCCUCUACAAUUCAACACAAUCCUCGAAGGUGUACACAUACAUCACUGGGCUUGCAAUUAACAACAACAGUGCACUAUUUCUUCUUCAAUCAGACGGAGCAACGGCAUACUAUCCCUCGAAUCCCACCUCCAAUGGAACUGCACUCUCAGCAAACUGUGCUAUUGCACUUGGAGCUCCAGGCUCCACAAGGACGGUCACAAUCCCAUACAUCGCUGGUGGCAGAAUCUGGUUCUGCGUUGGCAGCACUUUGACAUUUCUCCUCAACCCAGGAAAUACCGGCGCUGGUCUCGUUGAACCGUCGGUCAGCAACCCCUCAGACCCAAACUACUUCUUGUCAUGGGAUUUCUGCGAGUUCACGUACAACAGCUUCCAACUCUAUGCCAACAUCAGCUACGUGGACUUCGUCUGCCUACCAAUUGCUUUGACACUCACAUCGACCACCGGAACAGUUAGCCACGUGAGCGGGAUGCCAUCAAACGGACUUGCGACCGUGUGCAGCAACCUCAUUGUUCAGAAUAACACCGACGGGGCAGGUUGGAGCCAGCUCGUCGUCACAAACAAUGGAUCAAACCUGCGAGCCCUUUCUCCGACCCAGGGGAUUGUCUUCAACUCCUCCCUCUUCGAGAACUACUGGACAAGCUAUAUCAACCAAGUCUGGGCGAAAUAUGUCUCUAGCCCGAUCUCUGUCAAUACGCAAGCAUCGUGGGGAACCAUGACCGGCUACACAUCCAACGAUCGCACCUCUCUGACGUUCAGCAGUGUCGGCUCCUUCACAAAACCGUCUGCAGCCGACAUCUUUGGAGCCAAUACCGGCGCCUUCGCACCGCAAGUCGAGAACACAGCUCAACUCCUCAACAUUGGCGCCCGCCUCGACGCGGCGUUCAACCGCAGCACACUGCUCAUUGACGCCGAUCAGCCAAAUAAUGAAGUCGUGAGUUCUUAUUACCAAAACAAUGUCACGAACCAUUACGCGAGGAUUGUGCAUGCAGCUAAUCUGGAUGGGAGGGGAUACUGCCAUCCAUAUGAUGAUGUCACGCCAGAUGGGGGUGUGGAUCAGAGUGGGUUUGUCAGUGAUGGAACGCCGGCGAGUUUUUUGGUUACUGUUGGAGGUGGGAAUGCUCAUGUGAAGAGAGAGGAGGGGCAGAAAAUUGCACAGACAAAGAGGACGAUGAAACGAAGUAUGCCUUGGGAGGAGGAUGUGAAGGUAGCAGUUGUGGAAGAGGAUGUUGAGAGGGACUUGGAGAAGGGAGAGCAUCCGAAGUUGCUGAACGAAUUGCCUGCGCCCAGUGGAGGGUUCAAACUGCCUGCCUUCAUUGAGCGAUAUCUGGCAUCUUAUCUUUCUAAACUUCAGUCCUCGCCUCUUUACAUCAAUCGACUUCUCCCAGUGAUGGUACUCGUCCAGCAGCUCAUGGUUUCCGUCCUCUCGAUCUCAAUUCGCCCCAUUGUAUCAAGAGUCUUUAUCGUCGCAUUCUUCAUCGUCUUCUAUUUCCUCGGUAUUUUGCCUAGCGGAUCUGAAGUGUCGACGCGGCGACGAAUCUUGGAGUCUUCGAUAGCUGCCGCGAGCGGCAACGGGACGGUUCUUCUACAGGGCAGUUGAGUGUUCCUUGAUGACAGGUGGUGCAUUUAAGAUAGCUUAAAUGAUAAUUAAUCAUUAAAUUGAUUGGAGUCUGGAGUUCAACUAAGAGAGGGGAGAAAAUUGAGGCUAUGUUACAGCAGGAUUCAAGCCAGCUUGGAAGCUAGUGAGACAGUAUUUUCCGGAGCAAAAUCACAUGAACUACCUCUAUUAACCAUCUGACACUUGAGACAGUUUCGUCUUAAU